UUUAACUUACGUUUAGUGAAAAAAAUAUCUAGUUGGAAAAUUAGGCCGGCAGUUGUGAGAAGUGCGAGAUAAGAAGUUGUACGUGUACACGUGGCGCGCUCCUUCGUCAGUUUGCUAUCUUUCUUUUUGGCAGUGGUUGAUCGUUUGAGCAGCAACCGUCUGGAUUAUACGCACACCUACGUGUACUUACAAGUAACAGUAGUGUUGGUGUGUGACUGGUGCUUUGCUAACUUUGCUUACUGCAGUGCUUACGCACACGAAAAUAACGCGACACGUCGCAGUCUUCAGCUUCUGCUCGGCAGCUACCUGUGGUAGCCGAUGAUAGCUGUUAAAAGGUCAGAAUCACCAACAUGCACUGGUUAACGUUGACCCUCGUGCUGGCCAUCUCUUUCCGGUAUGCAAGCCCGUACUUCAUCACCGUCGACGCUCACUCCGAGGAGUGUUUUUUUGAAAAAGUCAACGCUAACGCCAAGCUGGGGCUCACAUUUGAAACAGCCGAGGGUGGCUUUCUAGACAUUGAUACUAGAAUACUGGGACCCGAUAACAAAGUUAUCUUUCAGGGUAACAAGGAGAGCAGUGGCAAAUACACCUUUGCUGCUCACACAGCAGGAGUUUAUACUUACUGCUUUAAUAAUAUGAUGGGCUCCAUGGCACCCAAAGUCGUCAUGUUUAAUAUGGAUGUUGAAGAAGCUCCCAAACAGGUUGAGCAUGAUGCAGUAGCUCAUGCCGAGGGAGAAGCUCCCAAAAAACUUGACGAUAUGAUUAAAGAACUGAGUAGAAGCUUAUGGAGUGUUAAAAGUGAACAAGAUUACAUGCAGGUGAGAGACAAGAAACACAGAGCCAUUAAUGAGAGCACAAAUUCCAGAGUAGUUGCAUGGUCAUUCUUUGAAGCUACAGUGUUGGUCUGUAUGACUCUGGGCCAAGUAUAUUAUUUGAAACGAUUCUUCGAAGUGAGACGAGUGGUGUAAUACACAUCCACACUUAUUAUAAACAUAAAAAUAUAUUGAAUUAAAUGGAACUUGGGAUGUGUAUUCUAGAAUUGUUGCAAGUAAUUAAAUUUUGGAUGUAUGUCUUAGAACUGUUGCAAGUCAUAUUUGUAUACGUUAUUGAGUGAACGAUUUUUACGAAAUAAAACGGAAACAUGUCUUUCUUGUA